CUCACUGUUCAAUAAUAAUCUCCUGAUUUUUGAUUUUUUUUCUCACUUUAUCACCAUCAUCAUAAUCAUUUGAUUUCGAUGUUCUCAUCUUGUUUUCGACUGCAUCCAUUUGUAGUUUUUAGUCGUUUAGCUUCGAAUCAAGCAUCAUUAUUUUCAUCAACUUGUUCUGCAUCAAAUUUUUCAACUUUAUCAUCAUCAUCAUACUUAUUAACAACAUCAAGUGUUUUACAACAACAACGACCAAAUAAUAAUUUGAUUUCAUCAAGAUCCAUACAUAGUUCAUCAUCAUUAUCAAAAAUGUCAGCCAAAGUAACUGAAGGUAAAGGAAUAUUAUGGCAAACAUUGGAUGAAGGUGAUCCAGAAUUAUACGAAAUUAUAAAGAAAGAAAAAGAUCGUCAAAAACGUGGUCUUGAAAUGAUUGCAUCGGAAAAUAUUACCAGUGUUGGUGUAUUGCAUGCAUUAAGUACUUGUCUUCAUAAUAAAUAUGCUGAAGGUUAUCCUGGUGCUAGAUAUUAUGGUGGUAAUGAACAUAUUGAUGAAAUUGAAUUAUUAGCACAAAAACGUUCAUUGGAAGCAUAUGGAUUGAAUUCGGAUGAAUGGGGUGUUAAUGUACAACCAUAUUCAGGUUCACCGGCAAAUUUAGCCGCUUUAACGGCAUUAGCUGGUCAUCAAGGUCGUAUUAUGGGAUUAGAUUUACCGGAUGGUGGUCAUCUUACACAUGGUUUUCAAACGGAUAAGAAAAAAAUUUCCUGUACAUCAUUAUUUUUUGAAUCAAUGCCAUAUCGUAUACGUACAGAUACCGGUCUAAUUGAUUAUGAUCAAUUAGAAAUAACAGCAAAAUUAUUUCGUCCAAAAUUAAUUAUUGCCGGUAUUAGUUGUUAUCCAAGACAUUUAGAUUAUGAACGUUUUCGUAAAAUUGCCGAUUCUGUUGAUGCUUAUUUAAUGGCUGAUAUGGCACAUGUUAGUGGUUUGGUUGCAACUGGAUUUGCACCAUCACCAUUUAAAUAUGCUGAUGUUGUUACAACCACAACGCAUAAAACAUUACGUGGUCCACGUGCUGCUGUUAUUUUCUAUCGUAAAGGUGUACGUUCAGUAACGAAAAAAGGCGAAAAAAUUCUAUACGAUUUAGAGGAUAAAGUUAAUCAAACAGUUUUCCCUGGAUUACAAGGUGGUCCACAUCAAAAUGCUAUUGCUGGUAUUGCAACAGCAAUGAAACAAGCAACAUCUUCGGAAUUUAAAGAAUAUCAACAACAAGUUGUAAAAAAUGCUGCAAAAUUAGCUGAAGAAUUAAUGGCGAAAGGUUAUACAAUUACAACAGGUGGUACUGAAAAUCAUUUGGUUUGUGUUGAUCUUCGUCCACUUGGUGUUAAUGGUGCACGUGCUGAAAAAGUUUUAGAAGAUGUUGAAAUUGCAUGUAAUAAAAAUACUGUACCUGGUGAUAAAUCAGCAUUGAAUCCGGGUGGUAUACGUUUAGGUACACCUGCAUUAACUACAAGAGGAUUAAAUGAAAAUGAUAUGGUUAAAGUUGUUGAAUUUAUUGAUCGAGGUAUUAAACUUGCGAAAAAAAUUACAACCGCUGCACCGGGAAAAUUAUUAAAAGAUUUUAUGAUUACAUUAAAAACUGAUGAAUUUCAACAACAAAUUGCUGAAUUAAGAUCGGAUGUUGAAAAAUUUGCCCGUUCAUUUCCAUUACCUGGUUAUGAUGAUUAUUAACGAAUCACCGGUCAUCAUUGGAUUAAUCAA